UGAACUUGCUGCCUUAAUUCUCCAUGGGGCCCAGUGGCUGGUGCUGCGGCUGGAGGCAGCCCCAAGACAAAGGAGUAGCUGCACCUUUCAGAACGGUGAAUGAGACUGCAGAAGCCACCACGUCUUGCGGAGCAGCCAGGUCAUCAACAGAAGACAGUUCAACUAGCCAGUGAACCAUCCAUUGCUAAUGUUCUCUGCCCAGCUGGCCUUCCUAAGCCCAUGCCAUGCUGAUCACUGUGUACUGUGUGCGGAGGGACCUCUCUGAGGAAACCUUCUCCCUCCAGGUAAGCCCUGACUUUGAGCUCUGCAACUUCAAGGUCCUCUGUGAACUGGAGUCCAGAGUUCCUGCUGAAGAGAUCCAGAUUGUCCACAUGGAGAGACUACUCACAGACAACCACUCUUCCUUGGGCUCCUAUGGCCUCAAAGAUGGUGAUAUUGUUGUUUUACUACAAAGAGAUAAUGUAGGACGUACCCCAAACCAGCCUCGGGUUGAUUUCAGUGGAAUUCCCCAGCCUGGAACAUCAAGCUCCCUUCACCAGCACCAGCACCAGCACCAGCACCAUCAGCCGCAGCCCCAGCAGCAGAAGAAGCAGAAGCAGAAACGUGCUUCAUCAGCCCAGCAGUCCCAUGGCUUGGCCUCCGGAGAGAAGAUGGCAUCUGCUGCAGGUCUGGACCGCCCUUCCCUGAUUCGCAGCAUGCUGCUUUCCAGUCCCCAUGAUCUGUCCCUGCUGAAGGAAUGCAACCCUGUCUUAGCUGAAGCUCUGCUCAGUGGAAACCUUGAGACAUUUUCUCGGGUCCUGAUGGAGCAGCAAAGGGAAAUGGCCCUGAGGGAGGAAGAGGGGCUUCACCUCUACUCUGCUGAUCCAUUUGAUCGAGAAGCUCAGGCAAAAAUAGAAGAAGAAAUUCGGCAGCAGAACAUUGAAGAAAACAUGAACAUAGCUAUGGAAGAGGCUCCUGAGAGUUUCGGACAGGUCGCGAUGCUAUAUAUUAACUGCAAAGUGAAUGGAUAUCCUCUGAAGGCUUUUGUUGACUCAGGCGCCCAGAUGACCAUUAUGAGCCAAGCUUGUGCUCAGAGAUGCAACAUCAUAAGGCUGCUGGACCGACGAUGGGCUGGAGUCGCUAAGGGUGUAGGCACUCAGCGGAUUAUUGGCCGUGUUCAUCUAGCUCAAAUUCAAAUUGAAGGUGAUUUCUUACAAUGCUCCUUCUCUGUGCUCGAGGAGCAGCCCAUGGAUAUCCUUUUAGGAUUAGAUAUGCUUAGGAGACACCAGUGUUCCAUUGAUUUGAAGAAAAAUGUCCUGGUUAUUGGCACCACCGGCACACAGACUUACUUUCUCCCAGAGGGUGAGUUACCCUCAUGUGCUAAGCUGGUUUUCCCACGCUCAUAUUCUUCAGUUUUAUCUAAAUUUGCGCAGAACACGUCUACUAGAAGUGCUACAAAUGCCUCAGAAGACAAACUUCUCUCUUUAUGUUUUAAUUAAACACUGAAUAUAGACAAAAUGAACAAACAGAAAGAAGAAGAUAUUCAUAGGAAAAUCAGGGAUAAGCAACGUGCCUGCAACUAAAGUAUAUGGAAAUCAGACCUGAGAAAUUCAUGGAUUCUUUCAGAUAAAAAGAUUCAAAAUGCUCAACAUCUUCUUCUGGGUUCAAUUUUAAGGCCCAUUUGUGCAGAACAUAAUUUGCAUAUGUCACACGGGAUUCCUUAACAUCAAAUAAAAGUUUAGUAUGUGACCUUUCAGG